UCACCCCAGCAAUUUGUGUCCAUUGUGACAAAUAAAUGUCUCUUGUAUUCUACAUCUCCAUUGAAAGGGAACGGAAGACCGUGACGCUGCAGCUUCCUGCCCGGGCCGGACUGAUUAAAGUGCGGCACAGCCGAGCCGAGCCGGCAUCGAGGUGGGCCAGGCCAGGCCGGGUCGGACCGCUGAGUGAGGAGCACACGGAGCUGGAGGGGGCAGAGAAUUGUCACUGAAAUAGAGAGUAAAGUCGAGAGUUUCAGCCCCGGGGAGAGAGGGAGAAGGAGAGAGGGAGGGAGAGAUAGAGACAGAGACAGAGACAGAGACAGAGACAGAGACAGAGACAGCAUCGUCUCCGCGGCUCACAGACAAGGGCCGAGUCAUCAUAAAGAACCGUUUAAACGUCCAGUAGUUGUUUUUCCCGCGGGUUGAGGGGCGGAAGCGACGGAACCACCAUCAUGAUCCAGGCCGUGGCGGAGUUAAACACCGAGAACCAGAUCUUCUACUCGGUCCUCGUCUUCUCAUGGGCCGUGUACAUGUGGGAGGCCCACCUGGCCAAGCGGCAGCGCAAGACCUACAGAAACACGACACUGGUCCCCGAGGAGCUGGGCAUGAUCAUGGACUCUGAAACAUUUGAGAAGUCUCGUCUCUACCAGCUGGAUAAAAGUACCUUUGGAUUCUGGUCCGGCCUUUACUCUGAAGCUGAGGGAACGCUUAUUCUGUUGUUGGGAGGAAUUCCCUUUCUCUGGAACGUGUCUGGAAAUCUCACUGGACGUUUUGGGCUGGGAUCAGAGUACGAGAUAACUCAGUCGCUGUCGUUCUUAUUCCUGGCGACCUUGUUCAGUGCCAUCACCGGCCUGCCCUGGAGCAUCUACAACACCUUCAUCAUUGAGGAGAAACACGGUUUCAACCAACAGACUUUAGGUUUCUUCUUCAAAGACGCCGUGAAGAAAUUUGCUGUAACUCAGUGCAUUUUGCUGCCCGUCACCUCACUGCUGUUGUACAUUAUUAAAAUCGGUGGAGAUUAUUUUUUCAUCUAUGCUUGGCUUUUCACAUUAAUUGUUUCUCUGGUUUUGGUGACCAUCUACGCUGACUAUAUUGCACCGCUGUUUGAUAAAUUUACUCCACUCCCUGAAGGAGAGUUAAAGACGAAUAUUGAAGAAAUGGCCAGGAGCAUCAGCUUUCCUCUAACCAAGGUUUACGUGGUUGAGGGAUCGAAGAGAUCGUCACAUAGCAAUGCGUAUUUCUAUGGGUUUUUUAAGAACAAGCGCAUUGUUCUGUUUGACACACUGCUUGAAGAUCAUUCCCCAUUAAAUAAAGCAGCGGGCAAUGAGAACAUUGAUACGCACACGGCUGCUGGAGAUAGCAAUGAAAUUGAGACUGCGGAGACCAAGCAGAGACCAAAAAACAAGAGACAAGGCUGCAGUAAUCAAGAGGUUCUGGCAGUGCUGGGCCAUGAACUGGGACACUGGAAGCUUGGUCACACUGUGAAAAACAUCGUCAUUAGCCAGGUGAACUCGUUCUUUUGCUUUUUCCUCUUUGCUGUUCUCAUGGACAGAAAGGAGCUAUUUUCUGCCUUUGGUUUCUACGACACCCAGCCCACUCUCAUUGGGCUGAUGAUCAUCUUCCAGUUCAUCUUCUCCCCCUACAACGAGGUUCUCUCCUUUAGCCUGACCGUACUGAGCAGGAGAUUCGAGUUCCAGGCCGAUGCAUUUGCAAAGGAACUGGGAAAAGCCACGGACCUGUACUCUGCCCUGAUCAAACUGAACAAGGACAACCUGGGCUUUCCCGUGGCAGACUGGUUGUAUUCCAUGUGGCACUACUCCCACCCUCCCCUCCUGGAGCGGCUCCGGGCAUUAAAGGACAAAAGGGACUGAUCAGAAAUGUGGUGCAGCUUUGCACAGGUUGCUUGUAUUGUGGGAACUGUCUCUGGUUAAGGAUGCAUUUAGCUUGAGAACUGACGGGCGGAGUCUGCACGACCGAUCGUUCUGAUAUUUUAAGUUGUUGAAGAAUGCCUUGGGACUUGAAUUUGUAUUUUAUUUAAAGCAGUACAAUGUCUAAUGUGGUACAGGUGAGGCAGUGCAUGCCGCACUAGCACAGAUGCCCAAUAAUACAUAUUGUAAGAAUAACGUUGCACCAUAUCUGAAAUCUUAUCCCAAGUGCUCUUGGAAAUUGCCUUUGUCCGUUAUACAUUUAAAGUUUCAUUUCCAUAAAAGGUUUUUUUUUCUAUUCAUCUCACAAAUAUCUUUUACACCAGCAGCCCAUGCGAUAUCAUUUGUAUCACUUUAAAAAUAAGUGUUUGUUUUACGGGAACUCUGGUGUACUGGCAAUAAUCCUGCAGGGCAGUAAUGUUGGAAUUGCUUUUCCAGGAAAGAGUUGGAGGCUCAGUGAAAGUUGUGAAUAUGUCGGGUUAUAAAACCAGCUCACUUCAGGACAAGUCCACUCAGCUCCGAAGAUGCCCUAUUUUUAGAUUCAACCUUUGAGGCAGGCAAGGAAUUUGUCCCCUUUUUAUCACCUCUGCGUCAUGAAACCUUCGGAAGGGGAAGUGUAGAGAGUUUGGGCGUAAGGAGCUACCCGUCCAUUCUCGGGAUCUGUUAGUAAAUCCGUCGAGUGUCUCGACCCGAAACAUCACCCAUUCCUUCUCUCCAGAGGUACUGCCUGUCCAGCUGAGUUACUCCAGCAUUUUGUGUCCCCCUUCUGAAAAAGAUCCUGUCUUGUUCCUGAAUUGGUGUGUGAACAUAAAUGGAUUUUUAACUC